AUGGCUUCUGCUUCGUUCCGGGAGAACAUGAAUUCGCUGGGCUGGUCACGGCGAGACCAGGAUACGCCAGUGCGAACAGACGCAAAUACGCCCAUCCUAUCCCGACUCCGGUCUCUAAAUCCGUUCGGUAGCGGUGAGGGAUAUCUUCGACUUCCGACUCAAGAACCCGGGGCACCUUUACCCGCGCCGUCCAGGCGAGAGGAAGAGGAAAGUUUCUUUGCGCCUUCGUGGGCUGUCCUCAUGGGCCCCAUCACCUACAUCCGCCAUCUCCUUUCCGGACCCCGACUACCCUUCACAGCCGCCUACUUUGGCUCUAUCGCAAUGACAUUAUACUUUGCCGUAGGCUUACAAAAAAGCUUCCUCACUUUGUUCGCCGCUAUAUUCCAACUUGUCGCGCUGGUAUGGUAUCUGGUCAGUUACUUUCCUAUGGGUAGUACCGGGUUGCAGUUUAUGGGACGGUUUGGGGUUCAGAGGGUCGCGGCUUGGGUUAGUGGUUAA